AUGGGGAAGCAUAAGCAGGAGAGAGCCGUACCGUGGGUGGAAAAAUAUCGGCCCGCUCGAGUAGAGGAGCUUGCUCAUCAACCGGAAGUAGUGGGAGCGUUGAAGGAAGCUGUGGGGACUGGAAAUCUGCCACAUCUGCUCUUCUACGGCCCUCCUGGCAACGGCAAGACGUCGGCAAUUCUCGCAUUGGCUCGAGAGCUCUUCGGCCCUGAGCUGUGGCGUGAUAGAGUCCUCGAGCUGAAUGCCUCGGAUGAACGGGGAAUCGACGUGAUUCGAGAUAAAGUGAAGAAAUUCGCUCAG